UCACGAACGUGCGCCGGCGGCGGCCCAUGACGUCACCACCCGUCAUCUGUGGGCGGGGCGGCCCUGUUGGCAUUUGGGUGUGGACGCUAGUGGUCAUGGCGACUCGUCGAGCUCUGCACUUCGUCUUCAAAGUGGGAAAGCGCUUCGAGACGGCGCUUUUCUUUCGUGAUGUGCUGGGGAUGAAGAUUCUUCGGCAUGAGGAAUUUGAGGAAGGCUGCAAAGCUACCUGUAAUGGGCCAUAUGAUGGGAAAUGGAGUAAAACAAUGGUGGGAUUUGGACCUGAGGAUAAUCAUUUUGUUGCAGAACUGACUUACAAUUAUGGCAUUGGAGACUACAAGCUUGGCAAUGACUUUAUGGGUAUCACACUGGCUUCUAGCCAGGCUGUCAGCAAUGCCAGGAAGCUGAAGUGGCCACUCAGUGAAGUUGCAGAAGGUGUUUUUGAAACUGAGGCCCCAGGAGGAUAUAAGUUCUAUCUGCAGGAUCGAAGUCCACCUCAGUCAGAUCCUGUAGUAAAAGUAACUCUCGCAGUGUCUGAUCUUCACAAGUCCUUGAACUACUGGUCUAAUCUACUGGGAAUGAAAAUUUAUGAAAAAGAUGAAGAGAAGCAAAGGGCUUUGCUGGGCUAUGCUGAUAACCAGUGUAAGCUGGAGCUACAGGGCAUCAAGGGUGCAGUUGAUCAUGCAGCAGCUUUUGGAAGAAUUGCCUUUUCUUGUCCCCAAAAAGAGCUGCCUGACUUGGAAGCCUUGAUGAAGAGGGAGAAGCAGAAGAUUCUGACUCCCCUGGUGAGUCUGGAUACCCCCGGGAAAGCGACAGUGCAAGUGGUCAUUCUGGCCGACCCUGAUGGACAUGAAAUUUGCUUUGUGGGGGAUGAAGCAUUUCGAGAACUUUCUAAGAUGGAUCCAGAGGGAAGCAAAUUGUUGGAUGUCGCAAUGGCAGCAGAUAAAAGUGACGAAUGGUUUGCUAAACAAAAGAAACUAAAGGCUUCAGGUUAACAGAGACAUCAUGUGGAACAAGCAUUUGAGAUUCCUGCCCAGCACCUGCGAGAUUUAAUGUGCCCAUUCAUGAUAAAUGCUCUCACAAGUUAGUUGUUUCCUGUAUAGGCAAGGAAGCUGGGGUGGUGAAGAUUUGUAUUCUCAUCUUUGAAAGCUCUGAUAUGUUUUUGAUAUAAAAUCCUUUUAUUGUCAAUCCAGCUGUAAUCUGUACUGUCGCUAGAAUGGCACAAUGUGUGUCACUAUGUUAAAUUAGUAAAAAAUUAUUUUCCAGCCUGGGGACAUUACUUUUGUUUGGGGAUGGAAGGAAUUUUGAUAAUCAUGUGGAUUUUAUGAGAACAGCUAUUCAAAUAAAUCCAAAUUAAUUGCUUAUAACAGGAA